AAUUAAGGCGGUGGUCCACCAUGGCUGCACCCAAAUGACUAAAGCAAGUCAUUUAUAGGGGUUGGACAAAAUAAUGGAAACACCUUAAAAUUUCUAGCAAAUUUACCCGAACAGUUACCCGGCUAAACUUCAAUACCAACAUCACUACCAUGCCGGGAUUUGAAUUCAGAACGCAAAUAGAGACUGAACAAAUACCGCAAGGUAUCCGGUUAGAUGAUCCUACAGUUUUGCCAAUUCAAUGAAGUGGAAUGGUGCGACCCUGUUUUUUUUAUUGAAUUAAAAAUGAUAAAAAGCGAAGCUGAAGUCGUCCAGAUUUGAACCCCGAUCGUGAAGAGUAGCAAAUAAAUACGGCGAAGCGUUUUUCUGAUGCACUAUCGACUGCACCAAUUCACAACCAUAACGUGUGUAUGUAUGUGAGUGCGUGUAUGUAUGUAUUUAUGUAUGUAUGUGUAUUUAUUUAUGUGUGUGUAUCGAUAUACCAAAAAUGCGUUCUGUUUGUUUUGUAAAUGUGUUGGUCACUUGGCUGAUGGCGACAAGUUGGGACAAUUGAUGUACAGAUGACAAUUAUUGAGGCUGACACACGUUGUAACCACUGUACCCUUAUCUCCAGAAAACAGGCGUACCCUUUCACGCAAGAAUUUACCGGUUUGGGGAGAAUUCUUGAUUCUUGAGAUUAUUUCCCGCUCUCAUAAGAACUUCAUCUUCAUUGUCAUUUAGUAGUUAUGAUAUGUCUUCGAGACGCGGAAAUAAUUUUAAUUAAUGAAGAUUAUAUAUUGUAAGGCAUUUGAUAUACCUGUAUUUGUCUGUGAUCUUCGUAUAUUAUACAUACCACUUUUUCCUUUCAGUUGCUCUCUUAGCUAAAUUGUGCUCAAUAUAUGCUCACACACACACACACACACACACACACACACACACACACACACACACACACACACACACACACACACACACACACACAAACAUACACACACACACGUACGCACAUAUGGUUCAAAUUCACAGAAAACAAAAGACAAAGACAGGUGAGAGAACAACAAUUAAGUAUUUUAGUUUGACAAUUGGGAAGAAUAGAAAAGUCUUCGACGUUUCGAGCCUUCGCUCUUCGACAAAAAAUAUUGAGAGGGGGAAAAAAAAGGACAUUUUUGAUAAUAUUUUUCUAAAUACCACUGGAAAGACGGAAUAUUCAUGGAUUGAAUGUCUUAUGUAGCUGGUCAAAUUGAUGAGGCUGAAGAUGAGACGAAACAACACCGAGUGUGAUGGCGCCGGCAAUGUCGACGACAAAAGAACACAAACAGCAACAACAACACGCUAUAACAACAAGUUGCGGAGUGAAGCUAACAAGCGAAACACAAAGUUGUCUCUGGAAGCUGCUAGAAACGGAAAGAACCAUUCUAUAUAACGAAAGCAAAAUGUCAGACACAGGUGCGCUGAUAUCAAAUAUAACUUGGAACAAUAUCGAUACCGACCAGAAUUAUCAGGUGUGCGAUGCUGAUUCUACGUUGGAAAUAUCGACAGAAAAUUCUUUAGUUCAAGAUCAGAAUCAAAGACAACCAACGGGGAGAUUGAACAUGCUGUCCACUUCAAACGAAUUUCCUGAGUGGAAAAAAGACUUAAACAUCCUUCGGCAUUCUACGCAAGCUACCACCUCACCUUUCUUACCACUUGAUGACCAGUAUCCAAACUACCAGGUAAUGUUCACACGGUCACAACCAUUCCCCCGUGAACUGCAGUAUGAAAACACUCAUUCAUCAGAUGCCAAACAAAAGGAAGAUAAGGCAACUUUGUCUCGUGUUACAUCAAAUAUAUCUCCUGAACUUCGAUCGCAACCCGUCACGACAAAAGAACCCCGUAAUUAUGAAGAGCUUUUUCAUCGUUCGAACUGUUAUCACACAGCUAUGAUAAACUCGCCGGCUUCAACCAUUCCGCCUCAUUUCCAGCGCAAUAUCUUUGAUUGCUAUUCUAAUGGAAAGACUAUCAACGAUGCUGUUUUCUCAGGAAAUACUACAUGUGAAGAUUUCGAACCAAAUUUUGACACCGCUUCUUUCGAUUCUGAGAAAAAGCUCCCUGGAUAUGAAACUUCUGAUAUGAGUUACAGGAACGAAAAUGAUAAAGUUUAUAAUUUUCAAAGAUUCCUCAAAACCCAUAGAAAUACGAACCCUAUAAGGGAUUGUCAGUCAAAAUUUGUAAAUUUUGAUAGCCAAACGCAGAGUUGCCAAUCUGGACCUUAUUUAAACAACCCUAAAUUAUCUCUUCCCGAUUGCAGCCGUUUUAUGCAAAUGGAAAAUGAACCAAACGUGACCGUUUUUAAAAAUAUUUCUCAAAGACCAUUCAAUUCACAUCUGCCCAUAUCGAUUAGGAGUGGGCCCCCGGAUUGUACUCGAACACGGCAACCUAUCAUCAGAAUGGAACCAGAAUAUUCCAUAAAUGCAGAUGACGAAUACGAAAUUGAAGAACGUACCUGUGUGAAUGUAAAUAUCGAUAAGUUACAUACGGGUGGAUUGGACAAGACCCCACCGUUGUGCAGUACUCCAGUCCACCCAUCAACCACCUCACCGUCAUUAUCUACAACAGCUGCAGCAGAAACAACAUCAUCGACGCCAUUAACGACGGCCUCUGCUUCUUCCUCGGAUUCUAAGGAGAUACCACAAAGAGAUCAAAUGAAACCGUUUCGGCAACCGUAUUUACCCUUUCAACUGGAAUUGCUUGAAGCCUCCUACAACAAGGAACGAUUUUGUUCAGGUGAAACCCGGAAAAAAUUGGUCAAACGAACUGGCCUUAGUGACAAACAGAUUCGUAUAUGGUAUCAAAAUCGACGAGCUAAAUCGAAGAAAAAAGCAAACACAUUUCGACACAACUUGCCAACUCGGAAUUGUAAAACGCCUCCUGAUUGGAUGUCAUCUAAAACAAGCGAUCACAAUGUUGAUGAUGACAAUGAUAAUGAUGAUGACGAUGAUGAUGAUGAUGAUAGUAGUUCAUUGGUUCCUGUUUCUUUGAAACGUGUACAGGUUUAUCGUCCCUGGUUUCCGUUCGGGAUUGACCCGAAGCAAUUCUGCCCAGUACAUCGACAGGAAACAGCUUCCAGAAGAUCAUCUCAUUCUUGAUAUCUUUCUCCUUCUCUCUCUGUAUGUCUCUGUCUGUCUGUCUGUCUGUCUGUCUGUCUGUCUGUCUGUCUGUCUGU